AUGGCGGCCAUGGCCGAGCUCGAGCCCAGGCGUGUGGGUGCCGGCCUCCUCCUUCCACCCCUCCGGCCGGCUUCUCUCCCGCUCGCGCCGCCUCCUCCUCCCCACCAGUGCCUCCCUCUCCUCCUUCCCCGCCUUCGCCUGGCCUCCUCCUUCCGCCCCUUGAUCUGGCGCCGCCCAAACCCUAACGCCCUGCCCCGGCCCUGGGUCCUGCCCCGCCCCGCCCCGCCCGUCCCGCUCGCCGUGGCCGUGGCCGAUGACCGCGGCCCCACCGUCCCGCCCUACCCGCCGCGGCGGCCAUGGACGAGCUCGAGCUCGACGGGCGAGCAACGGGCCGCCACGCCAGUCCCGCUCGCCGUGGCCUUCGCCGAUGACCGCGGCCCGUCAAUGGAUGAGACGAGGGAGGGCGUCUGCCUCGCCUCUUCGUCCUCCCAGUCGCCCCCACCAUCCCCGCACUCGCCGCUGCCGCCACCCUUCAUCUCCCGUGCUCCGCCUCCUCCCCUCCCCUCCCCUUCCGUCGCCCGAAUCACCUGCCCGCCGGUCGGGCCGCGGUGGCCGGAUUCAAAGAUGGCCGAGCGGCGACCACAUCCGUGA